GCGCCCUCUGCGUUGCUAGCUCGCACUGUUCCUUCGCGAUGUCCAAAUGAGCGCGAUGAGCGCGGCCAUGACUCGAGCGGCUAUACCACAAUUCAGAUAUCACGAAUGGCCGGAAGGAAAGACUCCAGCACUGCAAUUCACGGCAAAAGCACCAUCCACGCCAGGGAUCGCACGCCAACUCAGUCCAUGGUAUGAUCUGCCUUCGCCAAACCCGAUUUCACUCUCAAUCCCUUUCGUCAAACACUGCCCUGGAACUGCCCCUCUACCAUUCGUGUGGGAUCCAGUCAAUAGGGACUACUUCUGCUAUGAGCCCGAGACGACCUGCUAUGUAUACGCAAGGCUUGGACGCAUCCACUAUGAUUCUGUAAAACGAGAACACUUCCGCCCGGACGGCGUGCAGCGAUUGACCUUCGCAAGCACCUAUCCAGAGCACCGAGUCUACCAAACCGGCGAGAUCUUGUUCUGGGAUUCACGCCGAAAAGACUGGUAUCAAUACGACAUGCAAGCUCGCCGCAUCCUCUGGCGUGAUCACAGAUGGUGGCCCUUUCCACCCAAAUUCGAGCCUCCAAGUCUGAAUAGCCCUCCACGCUCUCCCACGCGAUCCGCUCCAGCAAGCAACGUGCAACACUCGCACUCCUCACUCUACCACACACUGCCGAUCAAAAUGCGCACGGAACGAGCCAAGACCGAAGAACCACGCAUUGUCGAAGUCACUCCUUUCGAUGCCUCCACGGUAGCAAGCGACGCAACUCACCACAGCUUACCGACUGUUAUCGAAAGGCACACCCACCUCCAUCCCCAGCAUGACCACAUCCAUCUCGGGCACAAAAACAAGCACAAACACCUGGACUCCGAGACCAUCGUCGUAACCGAAGAGAAAGACAACGACAUCAUAUACGAAAUCCCGCUCCACAGUCACCAUCGCGGUCGCAAAAAGCACCGCAGACACAGAGGCGGGAUAUACGACCUGCAGGAUCUGGUCGAUAGAACAACGCGAAAGAAACGGCGGUAUUCGUUCUUCUGAACUUCUGCUUCCAGAUCAAGGAUUCCAUUGGGAUCUUAAAUUUCUUGUAACUUGUUAUUUCGCCUCUUCUGCUUCAACUCAAACACGUAGUAUACAACAGUCUACGUCUUUCCUUCGAUAUUACUUCUCCACAUUUCGAUUCCCAC